AUGUCGAAGGUGAUAUUUGAGUACUUGAAAGAAAACAUAAGAGCUGAAACCAAUGCUAAGGGAAUGAUAUGCAGAAUUAGCAAACCAGCUUAUGUAGCUCCAGAGAAUGAUAAGCGGAGACAUGAGAACAGUGAUUCUGAUAAUGAAGAUGAAAAGAUGAGUCAGAUGAUUGAGAAGAAAACCAGAUGGUGGUUUGUGAGAGACGGAAAGAGGAAAAGAACGCCGGAGACAUCCCCUGUAGUUCCUAUGGAGCCAACACUGAAGAUUGUAGUAAAGGGGCCUUCGAAAGAACCACAACAAAGAUUGGUGGAUGAACAAGUGUUAGAUCCAUCAAGCAUUCCACAAGAAGGAAUUGAUCUGGCAAAGGUGACGUUUGAACAAUUCGUACAACUCAAUGAAGCUGCAGUUGCUACUCAGAAAGAUCAAAGUUCAAGUGUUCAAGCUGAAAGUGUCAAAGCUACAGAACCGGAAGGUGUGGUUCAAGAUGAUUCAAGUGAAGCUGAUUCUGAGUCCACUGAGACAGAGUCAGAGCUGGAUCCAACAACACUUGGGAGAGGUAAAGCUAAGUUGAAGAAAAAGGCAACCAAGAAGCAAAAAGGAUCUGAUGAAAAAGAUUCCACUUAUACACCAUCAGUUGAUGAACCAAAGAAGCAAAGAGCAAAGCGUAAGGCUGUUCAAACUAGAGUGAUUCCUAGGAGUGUACGCGCAAAGAAAACAGGUGCUACACUGCCUAAAGAUAAAGAUGGAAAGAAGGAAAAACAUGCUCCAGAAGUUCAAACACAAAGUGUUAAAGUGCCUGAGGUUGAAGUUCAAAAGAAAACAGGUGGUGAUGAUUAUGUUGAAAUCACAGGGUUCAAGGCAGCUACACCUCCACCACCACCUCCACCAAAAGAACAACCAAUUCCUGAAGAUCCUGAAUCCUCAAGACCAAAGAAUACACUUCAUGAUGAUUUGUUUGGAGAACUUCCUCAUGCAACUGGAGUAUAUAGAGAUGAUAUUCCAGAUGAAGAUUAUGACAUGUUCAACAAUGAAGCUGUGAAAGAAUUGACGAAGAAAGUUGGUGAACUUGAAAAGGAGAAAGCUAAAGGUGAAGCUAAGCGUGACGCUUUAAAGAAGCAAAUUGAGGAGCUGAUGAAGGUAAAUGAAGAAAUUAAGAUGGUCAUGAUAGAUCAAGAUGAAAAGUUAAAGAAGAUGGAAGAUAAUGUUGAAGAUAACUCAAAGCUCUUUGAUAUCAUGCAACAAGAAAUUUCUGAUAUGAAUAAAAAGCUGGUAAAGAUGAACGAUAUCAACCAGACAUUGAAUCAGAUGAUAAGUGAUCUUCAUGAAGCUUCAGCAAAUGAACUCAAGACGAUGAAGUUGGAGACGGAAGCGAUGAAGGCAGACAAAGUGAUGAAAGAUAAUCAGCUCAACAUGCUAUAUGUUGUCAUGGAAAGUCAUCUAAACAUUGAUGUUCAUGCUGCCUUCAAUGAGAUUGAAGUGAAAAGAGCUGAAGAUCACAGAGUUGAACGAGAAAGGCGACUGGCUGAAGAAGCAACACAAAAGAAGAAAAGUGUUAUUGAAGAAACUCAAGAAGCUAGAGGUUCUUCAAGCCAAGUUGACGUUGAAAUGGUUGAUGCUGAAGCAGAUCCUAAAGGAUUCGUGCUUGUUGGUAAAGCUACUACUCUCUCUUAUGAUUUAAAUGAUGUUAUUCGCCGAGUACUUGUUAUUCAAAAGAAAAAGAAGGCAAAAGAAGUGUUGAUGUUAAAAUGGAAAGAUGAGGAAGAAGUAGAGGAAGAGACACAGAAGUUUAUUCUUAUUGGUAAACCAUCUUCAGUACCUUAUAGCCUUAAAGAGAUUGUUCGCAGAGUUAAAAUUGAUGAAAGUCAAAGAGAGGUUAGGAAGGCUCGAGGAGAGAUUGUUGAAAGUGAUUCUGAUAUGGAAAUCUUAGGUGAUGAGGAUGAAGAUGAAGAUGAAAAUGAUAAGUCUGAUAAGAAAGAUGAUAAAGAUGAUAAGGAUAAUGAUGAUGAUGAUCAGGAUUUUCUGAAUGAUGAAAUCAAUGAACAAGACGAUGAUCAACAUCAAGAAGUUUCUACAACAGGAAAGCAGCAUGUCGACCAGGUAUUCCUCACACAACCUACUGUCAUUUAUUUGAAUGCUCAAAAUGAGUGGGAGCUAGAGGUACCAAGGUCAAGGGCGGAGAUGCUAGAAGAGUUGGGGUUAGAUGAUGGGAAGUUUAAUUUUGACAUUGAAGAUGAGAUACCUCAAUCACCUGAAAGGGAGUUUGAGUUUAGGUAUGCUCAGGAAGCUGAUAAUUACAACGAUGUGAUUGUUGAAGAAGCUUCAGAUUCCUCUAAUGAAGAAACUGAUUUUCAUUAUUCUGGAGUUGAUGAGACAUUUCCUUCUCUGGCGGAAAUGUUCAAAGAUCAUAAUGAAGAUGAAAUCAGGAGAAAGAUAGUUGAAAAGAUAACCACUGAAGGUGUUCCAAAGACCAUACCCAGAGAGAAUCUUGCUAAAGAGAGGAGGAAAUGGUUCAAAGUGAUGCCGAAGGAGAGGAAGUCUCUUAGGGCACUUCAGUAUUUCACUCAUAAUAAAGAUAUUUCAUGGGGUGAUAUUUUAUCCUGGGGUUAUUUAGAGGAUCUGCAGGUGUAUGCCAUUCGACGGGAACAGGGCGUGCAGUAUUUUGAGUUUCUGUCAGACAUAAAGGCCCUCCCGUGGUGGGAUGUUGAUGAGCUUGUCCAAACAAAGAACAUAAAGCAGUUUUAUCAUGGAUUGGAUGUGAAGCAACAUGAUCAACAUUUAUGGGAUUAUGUGAAGCAGCGGGCUAAGGCUGGAUAUCGUGAUUUGAAGCCCCACCGCCCAAAGCAAAUUGUCACAAUGUUGAAGAACGGAGAGAAAGAUAUAACUUUGGAUAUCAAGCCUCCACGGUGUCUAAAGAACAUGCCACUUCGUGCUAUGGAACAAGAUUUCUAA